AUGGCGCAGAUCUUGGGCGCGCUCGUCCUGCUGGCGCUCGCCGGCGCCGGAAGGGGCGACCUUGUGCGGAUGCCGCUGAGGAAGGCGCCGUUGGACAGGAGCCUGCUUGAGAUCGAUCGCAAGGGCCUGCGGGAGGCACAGCGGAGCGCGGCGGCCAACCGGGAGAUCGUGCCGCUCAGGAACUUUCUCAACGCGCAGUAUUAUGGAGCUAUCACGCUGGGGACGCCACCACAGGACUUCAGCGUGGUGUUUGACACUGGCAGCUCCAACUUGUGGGUGCCCAGUGCAACAUGCAAGUGGACUGACCUGCCAUGCCUGCUCCACAAGAAGUAUGACUCGACAAAGUCGACCACUUACAUGGCAAAUGGGGAGUCUUUCUCGAUCAGAUAUGGCAGCGGCAGCCUCUCAGGCUUCUUGAGCCAGGAUGCCUUGACUCUCCCAGGCACACCCGCGCCAAUUGCCAUCCCGGACCAAAUCUUUGCAGAAGCCACCAGUGAGCCAGGCAUCGCUUUCUUGCUUGCGAAAUUUGAUGGCAUCCUGGGUUUGGCUUGGCCACAGAUAUCUGUUGAUGGUGUGGAUCCCCCAUUCACAAAGAUGGUCCAGGAGGGUCUCAUCGAUAAGCCCCUCUUUUCAUUCUGGAUGAACCGGGACCCUGAUGCCGAGGCAGGCGGAGAGAUUGUGUUUGGAGGCAUGGACCCCAAGCACUACGAAGGGGAGCAUGUCUGGGUCAGCGUUUCCAAGGAAAGUUACUGGGACUUCCACAUGGACAAGAUCGAGGUGCCGGGCGUGUCUGUCUGCGAGUAUGGCUGCAUUGGGAUCGCAGACACAGGCACAUCCCUGUUGGUGGGGCCCAGCGACGACAUCAAGAAGAUCAACGAGGCCAUCAAUGCGACAGCCACCAUCUCAACUGCCUGCAGCCGCAAGGCCACCACUCUGGUGCCACAGGUGGCAGACCUUGUGAAGAGCGUGGCCAGCGACCAGGUGUGCGGGACGCUUGGCCUGUGCGAGAGUGACGAGCCGCAGUACGCCACAACAAGGAAGCUGGCUGGGGAGUUUUCUGACGACUGGACGUGCCAGCUUUGCAAGCGGAUGGCUGCCGAAGCACAGGAGGUGGAUGAAGACUACCUGGAGCGAAUGGCGGACUCAUUCUGCAGCGACUUGGUGGACGCCGAAUCCAAUGAAUCUGUCGGAGCGGCGACGGUCGACUGCUCCCUGGUGCCUCAGAUGCCCGACGUCGCUUUUGUCAUCGGUGGCAAGUCGUUCAAACUGACAGCGGAGCAGUACGUCCUGAAGGUGACCCAGUUCGGUCAGACCCAGUGCAUCAGCGGCUUCCAGGGGCUCGACCUGCCCACGCCCAUGUGGAUCCUGGGCGAUGUGUUCAUAGGAGCGUACCACACCGUCUUUGAUUAUGGCAACGCCAGAGUUGGCUUUGCAAACUCCGUGUAG